AUGAGUUACAGUGUGUAUAAUAGUGAAUGUUGUGAGAAAGAGACAAAAGAUAAGCAAAUAGUUGAGUUGAAAGAGGACGAACAUAUACAACACGUGUUGGGCCCCAGUAGGCGGUGUUUGGCGUGGGCUUGUAAGGCUUGCAAAAGAAAAACAGCGGCCGUAGACCGGAGAAAAGCUGCUACACUACGUGAAAGACGUAGAUUAAGAAAAGUGAAUGCAGCGUUUGAGGAACUUAGAAUACGCGCACGCGCAGGUAGCGGCAGACUGCCAAAGUUAGAGAUUCUUAGAGCCGCCAUACAACACAUUGAAAGGCUUCAAGCUGCACUACGAGCUGCGGCUGCG